CCGCGUCCCGAGUGCCCGCGCCGGCUGGACCCGCUCCCGCCGCGGCCGCUGGCAGGGCUGCUCCGCCCUCGCCCUCCUCCUCCUCCUCCUCCUCCCACGCGGGGCAAGGGCAGCCCCGAGUGCGCCCGGCGGCCCGGGGGGGCCGCACCGCCAGCCGGGACCGGCUGCACCAUGUGAAGCGGCGGGGCUGCCCCCCCGCCCCGAGCCGCCCUCUCCCGCACCAUGAGGGACGGGGAUGCGGGGCAGCACCCACGCCGCGCACAGGUAGAGCCCGGGCGGCUCCUCCGCCUCCUGUCCUGCGUGGUCCUUGUGUGCGGCGCGGAGGUCGCGGCUCUCGCCGACUUCUCAGGUUACCUAACGAAGCUCCUGCAGAAUCACACUGCCUAUGCCUGCGACGGGCAGCACCUGAGCCUGCACUGCCCUCGGCACUCAACCAUCAGCGUUCAGUCAGCGGUUUAUGGGCAGGACCCCGACAUGUGCAGUGCUUGGGAGCCUGAAACCAGGAUGGCAGAGCCCAGGAACUGUGUGGCACCCACCUCUUUGCAGAAAGUACUGGAUGAAUGCCAAAACCUGAGAUCCUGCCAACUCCUUGUCAAUAGUCGGGUUUUUGGGCCUGAUCUGUGUCCAGGGACCACUAAAUUCCUCCUUGUCUCCUUUAAAUGCAAACCUACUGAAUACAAAACCAAAUCAGCAUGUGAAAACCAGGAACUGAAGCUCCACUGUCAGGAAUCCAAGUUCCUUAUCAUCUACUCAGCCACCUAUGGCAGAUGGGCACACGAGGAGAGCGUCUGCUCAACAAAGGCGGAGCACACACCCCCCUUUGACUGUUUGUCUUACACAGCGCUGGAAGUGUUAUCAAAAAGGUGUUAUGGGAAACAGAGAUGCAAAAUCAUUGUCACUAGUCAGGAUUUUGGAAGUCCGUGCCUACCUGGAGUGACAAAAUACCUAAAUGUCAGCUAUGCAUGUGUUCCUAAAUUUAUCCUCACGGCAGUCAACCCCCUGGUCCCUGAUAACAAGUCUUCCAUCAAACAGAGCGAUGGUGUCGACCUUGAUCCAAGGGAAUCGAGACUUCCAAAGAAAGAUGGAACUAUUGUUAGCUCUAACUACUUGGCUACUUUUGCAUACAUUAGAGAUCACCCUGAAAGAGUCGCUCUCCUGUUUGUGUCCAGUGUUUGUGCGGGAUUAAUCCUCACGCUGUGUGCCUUAGUGAUCUGCGUGUUGUGUCCUGGUGACAUUCGGAAACUGCACAGGAAGAGGGAUCAGCUCGUCCCAGAGAGUGCCAGAGCCUACAGGAGCAGUGAGCAGGAGGAGGAGGAGGAAGAGGAGGGGGAGGAUUCCUCCCUUUCAAACACCCAGGAGGAGACAGACGGACUUUACAGACCUUCUUACUCAGGUUAUAACUCAGCAGAGGCAGCGGAACUGGCCGAAAGGAUUGAGCGCAGGGAGCAGAUCAUACAGGAAAUUUGGAUGAACAGUGGUUUGGAUAUGACACCCCCUAGAAAUAUGAACACAUUUUAUAUUAAUGAACAAUAAAUGGCUUAUUUUGGAUGACACUCUACCCCUUUUUUUUAAAAAAAAAAUGUACCUUCUGUGAAGGAACAUUUGUAUCAGUGAAUAUAAUUAUUUGUGAAAUAAAAAGAAAUAUAUACAAUAAAAAGAGGGUUUCAUACCCUUGACUGUCUAUAAAUGCUUCUGUGAAAAACAGUCUACAGUUUUAACUCGUGGUACAGAUUACUUUACACUGUAAUUUACAGUUUCACUGUAACUGCCAAAUGCAUGUUUAGGAAUAUUAAAAAAGGUGGAAAAUAUUUAAUCAGAUGUAUUCAACCAUCAGAACAGACCUGCCCAGAUGUGCUCCUGCUGCUACCUGUGCUGGCAAAUCUGUGAAGGACAAGCUUCAAAAUGGCUGCUGCUUUCAUAAAAGACUCUCAAAGUUGCCACACGCUAAGAAUACUUUACUUAAGGGAAACACUGGGUCCAUUUUUCUGAUCCUAAAGCAUGGUUAGAGCCAGCACUUGAAUGCAGGUCACAUUCUCAGGAUUUUUUAUCAGUUCACAAUCUUCACUUGAAAAUUGUUAGACUAGUCAGAUUUGGUUUCAGUUGGAGAGAAAAUUAAAUCAGUAAUGUAUCUAAGCUGAAACCAGAACAGCCUUCCUGUCUUAAAAAUGUCUCCAGUAUUUUUGCUGCAGCCCACAGGGAAUUUACUGAACAAAAGGAGGAAAAAUGUCACUUCCUACUGGUAAUACUUCAUGGGUUCACUGUGCUUCCCCACUUAGAUGCCGUGUGCCCAGGUAGAGUGUAGUAUGAAACACUUGGAAAGAAAACAGUGACGUGGCUUGUCAUUUCCUGCUGAUACAAAGUCAAAUUAAUCCUGGAAAAACUUUAAAGGGAGGAAGGGAGCUUGCUCAGAUGACUAAGGCACAAUCCUGUGCUCAACUGGAAAAAUCUCACCAGCAACUAGCAUCCUAUCAGCGGAAGGAAGAGAGGCUAAGGAGAUGGACGGAGGGUUGAGGUCACCCAGAGCACUGGGAAACUGCAGGAGAGGCCGGGCACAGCCCAAGAGCCUGGCUGCAAUCCCGCUGCUCCCCUGCUCUCCCCUCUCAGUAGGAAAUUGUCAUAGCCUGUGCUGUGCACAAUACUGAUUAACAGGUUUAGGUCUGGAGAAGCCCUUGCCUUGGUCCUGAGGGUGGAAGAAGGCAAGUUUGCCUUUGGAGAAGGCCCUGGGCCAGAUCUGGCUCCUUCCUCCCAAUUCACGGGGCAGGUGCCACCCAUUUCCCAUCAGAUCUAAAGGGACUGAUCUACAUCCCAACAAUUCCUCCUGCUGACAAACCACACUAGUGAAAAAAAACCUGAUCCUCUUCUUUUUAUGGAGGGGGCUGGGCUCUGGCCUGCAGGGCUGAGGGCAGGGGCCCCUGCUCUCAUGGGCUCCCCGAAACUCUGAGUUCUGGUGAUACUCCCUUCUGGAGGGCCUGAGGCCCACAGGCCAGCUGAUCUCCAGCUGAUCUUCUUUGGAAGUUAUCUGUCUGGCAGUUAAUGUUUAUAGUCAUUAAAAUUUGUGCAUUUUCUUCCCUCAUUUUUUAUUGGGAAGCCUCAGUGGGGUUUCAGCCCAUAAGCAGACACCCUAACAAAAGCUGGGAGUUACCUUUCCUUCAGACUUCACUUAAGACAAGGUAAAGUCAGCAUGCCCUAGUGGUGGCCACCUGGAGAACACCUGGUCCAGCCAGAGAUGGGACUCCACAACCCUUCUGGGCAACCUGUGCCAGUGCUCAGCCACCCCCAAAGUGACAAAAUGUUCCCUGAUGUUCAGAGGGACCCUCUUGUGUUUCACUUUGCCUUUGCUCCUGCCACUGGGCACACAGGUGCUUUCCCCACUUUGUUCACUUCAUCCACACCUCUGUCCAUCUGAUACCUCUCAUUGGGACUCCCAGCUGAAACCAGGGUCUUCACUCCUGGUGGCAAAACAACUGCAGUGGCAGCAGAUCAGCAGAAACCAGUUUGCAGCUUAGAAGUUAUUCCCUUCCUUGGGGCAAAGCGUUUCGCUUUUCCCAACUCCCAGUCCUCUCCUUGCUUUUGCACCCUUGGAGGAAAAAGACAUUUUACAUUGAAAUAGUGAUUUAACUGAUGAUCUGAUCCCCUCCUGACUUUCCUCCCUGCCUGCCACCCCUCACCAGCAGGCAGACAAUAAGAAAUUCCUCCAGGUGCCAGAGGAGCGUCUGCUUCCCAAGAUGGAGCAUUUCACAGACACUGGGAAUGUGUUUUGAGGGGAAAAAAAAGUGCCAUGCUUAAUAAUGCAUGCCUGUUUAAAUGGAUCCUCAAACAUUGUGACAGACCCUGUCCAAACCCCAGCACCAGGAGCAACUCAGCAGGGCAGGGGAGCAGCUUUUGCUCCAGGCUGGGAGGUGAAGCUUCACUCAGGAUCUGUUCCUUUGACUGAGCUAUUUAUAGGUCUGCAUUUGAGUUGCUAUUUUAUUCUUUUUGCAUAAACUUUCCAAGUCUAAUUGGAGAUAACUGUCAAUUAGUGGUUCACCUCAUUUCCAAAUACUCACUGUUGACAGCAGUCUAAGAGUCAGAAUGAAGAUAAACAUAGAAAAACCUGAUAAACAGACAUGGAAUUAUUUGGAUCUUUCUGAAACAACACCCAAAGUAUCCAGCAGACAAAGGAGAAAAUUAAUGAGGUAUGCACUUCUCUGUCCCAAGCCCUAAAACACCAGCAGCUGAAGUGCCAUAGCUGGAAUCUUUCCAGGCUGAGGGCUGAGGUAUCCACAGGGAGGGUGCCUUGAGGCAGCAGCAGCAGCAAUGCUAUGGGAAGGACACUCAGGGCUGGCUGUGGGAAGGAGUUUCAGCAGGAAUAUCCUUGCAAUUUCCCAGAAGAGCAGCCUAAGGAGAAAGUACUGCAAAGGAGAGCCAGCAAGUUGUUUGGAUUAAUUGGUUUGUGCCCCACACACAGCUGUGGGCAUGACACACAUCUGGAAAUUACAUGACCCAGCAUCAACAUCUGAACUUGCUGGAAGGCAACAUGCAGUGCUGGUGUGGCUGUUUGAACUCCCCACUCCUGCCUUGAAAUCAGCCUCAAGUUUGUCGCCAGGAACGCUGGGUGAGGUUGCAGGAAGCAAUAAAUAAAUCCUUCCAAUUCCUGGGUGAGGCAGAGAAUGGAGCAAUGUGGGAAAGCAAAACCGUGAAAAGAAAAGGAAUAAAACCAGGUGUGGGAACCAUAUCCAUUCAUCAGGAUGGUGCUAUGGCCACAAAACAAACAUUUUAGCAAUGUUCUGCUGUGUGCCUCCUUUGAGAGAGAAUGGAUUUUCUCUGUGGAAGGGUACAGCUACUCUCAAACUUCCGAAAAUCUUGUAAAACUUCCAAACUUCUUGUAAGUGCUUUAGAAGAAAGACAAAAUGCUUUUGCAAAGUUGCAAAUCUAUGUGUGGUGUUUCUAUCUUAUUAUCUCCAUGGACAGUUAAAUACCCAAAGGCUUACCCAAAGGGUUCCAAGUACUCUUUAAUCACCUUCCAGUGAAUUCAUUCAAUUUCAGCCACAACAAAUAAAUCCAGCAGAUCCACAAACACUGUUGUGAGAACUCCAAAAAGGAUCAGUGCUGAAAGUUUGCUCAGCUAAAGAAAAAACCAGCACCAAUUACAGCAGAGAACAGCAGUCAAAGAGGUGCAGAAUCUGUGUUAAGUAUUUCCGAUGCCUGCUUUUUCCUUGCUUUCAGAGAGGAAAUGAGAUUAUUAUAAGCUCCAGGACACUGAUUUUCCUCUUAGGAAGUAGAGGAACAAAGUGUUUUUUCAAAAACCUUUUCUGCCAUGUGAAAUAAUUCCAAAUAAAUUUUAAAUUAAAAAUAUUUGAAGUUUUUCAACUCAGAAGUGCUGAUUUUUCUUUUUGUAAAAAGUCAUGUUACUGUAAAGUUGAGAUUCAAGAAAAACUACCAGACACCAAACUUCCCUGAAAGAAAAAAAAAAAUCAGUGAUUGAAGCACAACCACCAUUAAUAGUUCACUGAAUAGCAUUCAUUACCUGUUCUGCAUCCAACUUCAAGCUGCAAGUUCAGCACUUGAUCGGUGUCUCUUCAACCAUACUAAUACAGAAAAUUAUGAUGAUUUUUUUACUUCCAUCCUAAAAGAGCUGGUCCUAUUAAACUUGGGUUUAUCCAAUCUACCUGCAAAUGAUGCUUAUUUUUGUAUACAAAUUACUGCCAACCUCUAUAUACCAGCAAGAAAAACUAAACCCGAAGAAUAAAAAUUAAGCACGAGGAUGUUACAAGUGUUUAGAUAAAAACACUUCCUUUAAAUGAUUAUUAAGAGGUUAACUCAUCUCAAAAUGACAGUUUGGAAAUAGCUAUGUUGA